AUGUUCAAUCGUAACAACUAUCCGUCCGUCCCUACUCCCUUUGGGUCGGGCAGCCCAGCUCGUGGUGAUGGUUCUCGUCCUCCCCGAGCUCCUCCACAGCAACGAGGCGGCUAUGAUGACGGCUAUGGACAAGACCCUCGAAUGGGUGCAGCGGGCGGAGGUAGCAGCCAUGGGGGUUCCCCAAUGGGUCGACCGGCCGAACGACCAAUGCCCCCCAGACAAGGCGGAGGUAGAGGUGGCGAGGGACAGACCUGGUCUCUGAGUCCUGCCAAAAGCCCUGAUAAUUCAUAUACAUAUGGGAAUCUUGUUGCAGUUUCUCCCCGCGAUAUCCCCCGCCCCCGUGACGGCGGCGAUGUCCUGAUUCUUGUUAACGGACUAUAUGUAUUCUCCGCUCGGCCCUUGGAGGGCUUCCCGCAGGGACAUAUCAGCAUGUCUGACCCGCAAAGGACGUGGGCGCAGAUUGCUUUGACCGAUAUGGUCCAGAACUUUGAGGACCAAAUUCUAGCGCCUGGCCAGAAAAUUCUUAUGGAUGAUAAGAGCAUUCCUCUGUUACUAACAGUGAAGACAGUCCAACUGGGGGAUCUGACCGCAGAAAAGACAUCCUCUUCUGCGCCAACUUCCUCUGAUCCUCGAUCCAGGGGUAUUCUCACUGGCUAUACAUUGAUCAACUUUUUCAAAGACGCAAAAACUGGUAUCAAUGUAAAGGCAUCCAAUCGAAGACCAGCAGCCAAUUCGAUCAUUCAACCUGACUUCAAAUUUGAGAAUAUGGGCAUCGGUGGUUUGGAUGCGGAGUUUAGUACUAUCUUCCGAAGAGCGUUUGCAUCCCGUAUUUUCCCACCGGGCCUUGUCGAGAAGCUUGGAAUUCAGCAUGUUAAAGGUAUUUUGCUUUACGGACCGCCUGGAACAGGUAAAACAUUGAUCGCGAGACAAAUUGGAAAAAUGUUGAACGCUAGGGAGCCGAAGGUUAUCAAUGGACCCGAAGUGCUGAACAAGUUCGUCGGUCAAUCUGAAGAAAAUAUCAGAAAACUCUUUGCCGAUGCAGAGAAAGAAUACAGAGAAAAGGGGGAUGAGAGCGGUUUACACAUCAUCAUCUUUGACGAGUUGGAUGCUGUCUGUAAACAGAGGGGCAGUGGCGCUGGUGGCGGGACAGGUGUUGGCGACAGCGUGGUCAACCAGCUUCUCUCAAAGCUAGAUGGUGUUGACCAGCUAAACAACAUUCUUUUGAUAGGUAUGACGAAUCGAAUGGACAUGAUUGACGAUGCCUUGCUGCGUCCCGGUCGAUUGGAGGUCCAUAUGGAAAUCUCUCUACCCGACGAACACGGCAGAGCACAGAUCUUGAAGAUCCAUACCCAGAAAAUGCGAGACAACGAUGUAAUGGACAAAGACGUUGAUAUCAAGGAGCUUGCAGCGCUUACCAAGAACUUUUCCGGUGCCGAGAUCAGUGGUUUGGUGAAAUCGGCGUCGUCGUUCGCUUUCAACCGCCAUGUUAAAGUCGGGACAAUGGCUGGUAUCAGUGAUGAUAUUGUCAACAUGAAGGUUAACCGUGUCGAUUUUCACAACGCACUAGACGAAGUAAAACCCGCCUUUGGUGUUUCUGAGGAAGAACUUGAGACAUGUAUCCAUGGCGGUAUUCACCACUACUCUCGAGCGGUGGGAGAGAUAUUGCAGGAAGGUGAACUCUUCGUCAAACAAGUCCGUGAUCCUGAUUCGACAACUUCCCUCUUCUCGGUGCUCUUGCACGGCCCUCCAGGCAGUGGAAAGACUGCCUUGGCAGCAAAGAUUGCAAUUGACUCAGGGUUCCCCUUCGUCAAGCUUAUUAGCCCCGAAGAUAUGGUAGGCUACAGUGAAAUGUCCAAGGUUCAGCACAUGAACAAGGUGUUCAUGGACGCUUAUAAGAGUCCAACGAGCGUUGUGGUCAUAGACAACAUUGAGCGAAUAAUCGACUGGGUCCCUAUUGGACCACGAUUCAGCAACUCAGUCCUUCAGGCAGUGAUGGUUCUCCUGAGGAAGCAGCCUCCUAAGGGCCGCCGUCUGCUAGUCCUCGCAACAAGUACAGAACGAUCAAUCCUUAAACAGUUAGAUGUGUUCACCUCGUUUAAUUCAGACAUCCCGAUACCGAACAUCAACACAUACGAGGAACUUGCAUAUAUCUUGCAGCAAGAACAAACUCUUUCUCCCGAGGAGAUCAAAUCUGCCUUGUCGCGAAUUCGAGAGUUGACCCAGAGUGAGAAGAUCGGAGUUGGUGUGAAGAAGGUGUUGCUCGGUGUUGGCACUGCAAAGCAAGACACUAAUAGAGCCAGCAGUAUAAAGACAACUCCAUCCAGCAUGGCCCAUGAUAAUACAGAUGAUGCAUCUAACAAGGAGGUCGCUGCCGUCAUGGGGUUCUCCCAGUUCUCUAGCAAAGCCACCCAGAACAAGCGACCUCGUGGACGCCGCGGGAAGCAAUAUCUUAAUGGGAAGAUUGAUUCACUAAUCACACCUGAAAGCUCUUCAUCCUCUAUCUCCAUGGAAACCUUUAUGCAAAGAUUUGCAGCUCUCACUUCUGCUGAGCCUGCAUCCUCAAAGCUGAAGUCUGCUCCUGACGCAGCUACUGUUGAAGAAACUGCUUCUACUCCAGAUACCGUGCCAGGUACAGUUCCGGCCUCUGAUAUUGCUGGCGAACCCAAGCGGAAGUUUCGAAAAGCGAAAACCUGGAAGGAAAAAAGGGAGGCUGCCAAAAUAAGGGAAGAAGCGAACAAGGAAAUCAAGUCUGCUUCCGAGAAUACGGGUGAACAGAAAGAUAAGGCCAACCAACGUCCUCAGAGACGCAAGAUGGGCGAAAUUCAGCGUGCACCGAUGAAGCAGAGAGAUUGGGGAUAUGGAGCUAUGGCUGCUUCUGGGGCCCAUAACAAGGAUCAGAAGGCCGCCGAUGUCUGUGAGGGUCGGAAGGCUGUGGAAGAAAAGGCCUUCAAGAUCAAUGCUUUCGAGGGUAACGAAGGUACAGGUACAAAGCUCCCCAAGGGAGAGAACCUUAAGAACGUCACCCCUGAGGACAGAAAGGAAGAACCAGCAGCAGCACCUCCCCUCGAUAAAUGGAGUCCUAUCUUCCCUUCCGGAGGGCCGAGACCAAUCCCCGAGCCCGUAGAUGACAAGACACCUGAUGGGCAGCCUAGACGCACCAACUACAUCGACGAACAAGGCAACUAUCACGCUCCUAACGGAACAAUCAUGAGUCCCGAGCUGCUAGAAAUGUUUGCCAGUGGACAAAUCCGCAACUCGUUUGGUGAUAGGGUGUACUUUAUGCCGUCUUUUCUGGAGGAUAACCCACCCAAGGGCCAGGAGCCUGUGGUGCUUCCCCCAACGCCAUAUCGUAUCUUUUAUGACCCCAAGGACCUUGAGAAAACCGAGUGA